UUAAAGUUUUAUUUGUUAUCGUUUGCUUGAAGCAGAACCUCUCUCUCAGUCUCUUUCUCACUCUUUGGAUUCUUUUCUCUGUAAUCAAAGCAAAGCUCUCGACCAUUUUUUCUCUUCAUAACUUUUCUUCCUUAUGGAUCCUCUGUUAAAAUGCACCAGUUUCCUAUAAUCCUACACAUUUCUACAGUCUUCUUUGGGGUUUGGUUGCUGAAGAAGAAGACGAAAUAAUGGAAAAGUAAACGACGAAAUUUAGGGAAAUAGAGAGAAUAAAGAAAGUUUUUUUAUUCAAAGCAGCGUUUCAAAAGAUUGCGCGAUUCUCUAGAUUCAUUUUCAAAUCCUUCUUCCUCGGGAUCUAAUCUAUAGCCGCUGGAUUUUAACUUCAAUUUCUGAAGUUGAAUUCAAUCUCUGAGCUUCAUGAAUCUCAGUAAUUUUAUCUUGGUGAGAAGCAUAUACAAGAGCUUGAGACAAUAAGGAGGAAACCAUUAUUAGUAUUGACAAUGGAAGGAGAAUCAUUUGGUUUGAUUGUUGGGAUCUCAUUAGGUUUGGUGAUUGGUGUUGCUUUAGCUAUUUCAGCUUUGUUCUGCUUUAGGUAUCAUAGAAAAAGGUCUCAGAUUGUCAAUAGUGGUUCAAGAAGAAGUGCUACCAUUCCUAUCAGAGAGAAUGGAGCUGAUUCUUGUAAUGUAAUGUCGGAUUCGACCAUUGGUCCGGAUUCGCCUGUGAAAUCUUCCAAGAAUGGGAGGUCUGUUUGGCUUGAAGGGUUUAAUAAGAGGAGUAAUGUCAUCUCUGCUUCUGGCAUUUUGGAAUAUUCCUACAGGGAUUUGCAGAAAGCGACAUGUAAUUUCACGACUUUGAUAGGCCAAGGAGCAUUUGGACCUGUCUACAAAGCUCAAAUGUCUACUGGUGAGAUUGUGGCUGUUAAAGUUCUUGCCACUGAUUCUAAACAGGGCGAAAAAGAGUUUCAGACAGAGGUUAUGUUAUUGGGAAGGUUGCAUCAUCGUAACCUAGUGAACUUGAUUGGAUAUUGCGCAGAGAAAGGCCAACACAUGCUUAUAUAUGUCUACAUGAGUAAAGGAAGCUUAGCUUCACAUUUAUACAGCGAAAAACAUGAACCGUUGAGCUGGGAUUUGAGGGUAUAUAUUGCUUUAGAUGUGGCACGAGGUUUAGAGUAUCUUCAUGAUGGGGCGGUUCCUCCUGUAAUCCACAGAGAUAUCAAAUCUUCCAACAUUUUGUUAGACCAAUCCAUGAGAGCUCGGGUUGCUGACUUUGGCCUCUCCAGAGAAGAAAUGGUUGAUAAACAUGCUGCUAACAUCAGAGGAACAUUUGGCUAUCUCGAUCCAGAAUACAUUUCCACAAGAACAUUCACCAAGAAAAGCGAUGUUUAUGGCUUCGGGGUUUUGCUUUUCGAGCUUAUAGCAGGAAGAAAUCCUCAACAAGGUCUAAUGGAAUUGGUUGAGCUGGCGGCGAUGAAUGCAGAGGAAAAAGUUGGAUGGGAAGAGAUAGUGGAUUCAAGAUUAGAUGGGAGAUUUGAUUUACAAGAAGUGAAUGAAGUUGCAGCUUUUGCUUACAAAUGCAUCUCUCGUGCACCUAGAAAACGUCCUAACAUGAGGGACAUUGUUCAGGUUUUGACUCGUGUUAUUAAGGUGAGACAUUGCAGAAAACGACAGAAGAAUUCUCCGUCGCCUUCUCCGCGGCCUCUGCCUCCUCCGAUAGUGGAGGAGUCAGAAGGUGAGCUAACCGCAAACGGAUCAUUACGAUCAGAAACUCAUCGGAGGGAUAAUUCCGUGGACAGUAGUAUAGCUGAAGACUUGUGAUUCUUACAACAACAAAAAGAAAAGUAUAAAGUUUUUAAAUUAUUAUCAACUCUUAAAAUGUGAUUUAUCUUCAAAUUUUUUUUGGGUUUUUAGUCUUUUGGUAGGAGAAACUCAACUAUGAUGUAUGGUACUAGGUUGUCUAUAUUUUUCUUUUGUGAAUGAAAAAAAAUAUUUUUUUA